ACUAACCCUUGCGGACCUCCUUCUUUGCCUCAAAAAGUAUUUAACUUUGCUGUCUCACAUAUUAGGGUUCUCUCAGAAUGGUGGCAGACAAGGCCAAGAAAUCUAAACUUGCAGAGACAGGUCAGGACGUUGAUUCUGAUCCCGUUGACGGUGAACUCGUUCUCUCUAUUGAAAAAUUGCAGGAAGUUCAGGAUGAACUCGAGAAGGUUAAUGAAGAAGCCAGCGAUAAAGUUUUGGAAGUUGAGCAGAAAUAUAAUGAGAUACGCAAGCCAGUCUAUGAUAGACGGAACGAAAUCAUCAAAGCUAUUCCUGACUUCUGGUUGACUGCUUUCUUGAGUCAUCCUGCACUAUGUGACCUCUUGACUGAGGAAGACCAAAAGAUCUUCAAGUAUUUAGAUUCACUUGAUGUUGAAGACUUCAAAGAUGUGAAGCUGGGAUACUCCAUCACAUUUAAUUUCAAGGAAAAUCCUUGUUUUGAAGAUUCAAGGUUGACAAAAGCUUUCACAUUUUUUGAUGACGGAACAACUAAGAUUACUGGUACAACUAUCAAGUGGAAGGAAGGCAUGGGUGCUGCUAAUGGAGUACAUCAGGAGACAAAAGGAAGCAAACGCCCCCUUGCUUGUGAGAGCUUUUUCAGUUGGUUCAGCGAAACACAGCAGAAGGAUUUGGCAGAGUUUGGUGAUGAGGUUGCGGAGAUAAUCAAGGAAGACUUAUGGCCUAAUCCUCUAAAGUAUUUCAAUAAUGAAGCCGAUGAAGAGGACGUGGACGGGGAUGAAGAUGGCGAAGAGGUAAGCUAUUGAAAAUGGAGAUGAUGAAGAUGAGGAAAAUGGUGAAGACAGUAAUGAGUGAGACAGCCAGACACGUCCUGGCUGGCCUUGUCUUUCGUUCAAGUUCACCAAUCAGUAAGUACAAAUUAAAGGGUUGCGUGGAGAAACAGUGUCACUGUCUCUACUGAUACUGGUAACUGCUCUUUAGGCGAGAGAUGUGCUGAGUGUCGAGUUUGAGUUGUUUAUUCCAUAGGAUUGUGACUUUGUUUUCUUUUCGGCCUAAUAGGAUUGCUACUCUGUUAGUUUGCAAGUUUCCUGCUUUAUGAUAGGUUCAAUGCCAUAUCCUUCCUUAACAAAUAUAGGGCGUUUCAGCUAAUUUAAGGACUCGGUCUAUACAAGGUCAUUUUAAAUCCAUUCUUUGGUAUGAUGACCUUGUCAGUAAGGUGUUACCUAUAUAAUCAAGGUCAUAUGCUGCCAUUUUACUACUUGCAAUGCAAAUGCUUAUAGUUUCUAGUC